UGAGCCAACUGUGGCCUGGGGUGUGGAAGAGGAUGGAGCUGAGUCAGUAGCACUUGCCACAUCCUUCUGCUACUUAAAGUCCCCCAGCCAGACCCCUAGCACCACUGCCUGGCCUCCCUGGCACCAUGGCUCAGACCUCUUCAGCACAGAAUGUGCCCUACGUGAUCUCACUGCCCAAUGGCAUUGAACUUGGUGGUGUGGUGAAAAUUCGUGGGACUGUUCCUGAGAAUGCUGACAGGUUCCAUGUAGACCUGGUGUGUAGCAUGGGGCAGGAUCCUGACAUUGCCCUGCAUUUCAACCCCCGUUUUAAUGAGAACAAGGUGAUCUUCAACAGUCGGAAGAGUGGCUCUUGGGGCACAGAAGAGUUUGGGCAUAAUUUUCCCUUCAGAUAUGGGCAAGCCUUUGAGGUGCUGAUCAUCACUGACCAAGAAGGUUUCAAGGUUAUUAUAGGGGACCAGAAAUAUCACCAUUUCUGCUACCGGAUCCCUCUGUCUGAAGUGUGCGGGUUGGAGGUGAGCGGGGAUGUGAUGUUGGAGUUAGUGAACGUCGUCUGAGCUCGAGAGAUGAGCGCAGGAUGAGAGCAAGAUGGAGUCUUGUCUUGGAUGAUAAUAAAGUUUUAGUUUCCAGAAAA